AUGAUUUUUGUACUUAGUACAAAAGAAUCGAAAUCACGAACAAGAGAAGAACAAGAACAAGUUUCAAUGGAUUUAUAUAAUUUAUUAUCAGUUAGUCGAACAGCAACAGAUAAAGAAAUAAAAUGUGCUUAUUUAAUUAAAGCAAAAGAUCUUCAUUCAGAUCGAAAUCCAAGUGAUAAUAAAGCUGAAGAUUUAUUUAAAAAAGUAAAUCAAACAUAUGCUAUUCUAUCGGACAAACACAAAAGAGAACAAUAUGAUAAAUAUGGUUAUGAGAGUGUUGAAUAUACUUAG